GCCACUCUUUUCAUUUGAAUGAGUCUUCCUUUCUAUUUUUAUAUCAAUUUAUAGAAUCAUUUCGGUUCUUUUCUUCUCAUGUACUUGUACAAGUAGAACUACUAUAUAUUUGUAGGUAUGCAUGCUCCUUCUCAAUCAUCAGCCAUCAUUUUAUCUCAACCUAACACUCCUCCAAGUCUUGGACCUCUCCAGAUUCAUACCUCUUACAUUACGACCUCUGUUCUAAAAGUCGGUAUUAAUCACCUUCCGUAGCUAGUCGAACUGAUUAAAUAUCCGAUUAUUCAAUUAAUCAUUCGAUCAAGUCUGAUUUCCGCUUUUUACAACACUGAUUACAACAUACAUUCACGUAGCAAAAACCCGAGAGUAGCCAAGCUACAUUUGCUAUAUAGCAGCACUUUUGUGAGGAAAAAGAGAGAGCAAGGAUCAUGGGCCGCGGAUUUGCAGUACUAAAAAAGCUUUUCAUGUGUGGGAAGAGGAGCUUAAUUUUUCCUUCUGAGGUGCAUUCAUCAGUUCCAGAAGGGCGGAUUCGUGUGGUGGUGGGGAAGUCGAGGAGCGAGGAGGCGGUGGUGGAGAUGGAAGCUCAUUAUUUGAACCAUCCACUGAUGGAGAAGUUGCUCAGUCUUACAACAGAAGAGUAUGGAUAUUGUUAUGAAGGAGCCCUGAGAAUAGCUUGUGACAUUCAUCUUUUUCGAUACCUUGUUGAGCAACUGGAUGGGAGAAAUCCCAGUGCACACUACAUGGAUCUUCCUGAUCUCAUUGCCAACUUCUCUAAAUCCAGCUAUGGAACCUCAAUAUGAUCAUACAAAUCAUACAAACAUGAAUUAGCUAUUUACUUCUGCUGAGGUGACCAAUAUUAAGGGCAGCCUCUGCAUUACAUCUCAUUAUUUUACUUCUUUUCUUUUUUUGGUUAAAAUUCUUUUGUAAAUUUUACAAAAGAUAUAUAUAUGUAGAACCUUCAUUUUUAGUAGGGUUAAAAAGUUGCCUCAUGACUCUAUGUUACUUAAAUUAAGAAGUGAAAUUUCGAAAAUUUUAA